AUGACUUCUUCACUACCACUCUUCGAAAUUCCCACGCACUGCAAGGCUGGUGUCGUGAUCAACGAGGGACCAGACUUCCAUGUUGAAGUACAGAUGGUGCCGGUUCCUGAGCCAGGCCCAGACGAGAUUCUCAUUCGCCUUAACUUCACUGGUCUCUGCACGUCAGACAUCCAUUACAUGAAGGCAGAUUUUGGUUUUCCUCCGAUGUCGCAUUUUGGAGUCAGAUCUCCCGGGCAUGAAGGCGCUGGCAUAGUUGUCAAGGCUGGAGCCAACGUGAAAAAUUUCAAGCUUGGAGAUAGGGUGGGAGUCAAGCCUCUCGUGGAUACGUGCCACGCGUGUGAUAUGUGUUGGGGUGGUAAAGAGACGUAUUGCAAGAAGGGUCUUCAUUCAGGGCUUAUGACAGCAGGAACGUAUCAACAUUAUGUCGCCUCUCCAGCACGAUACGCGGUUCCAAUCCCAGAUGGGGUGCCCGAUGAAGUCGCUGCUCCGAUCAUGUGCAGCGCAAGUACCAUGCAUCAAUCCUUGGUUGAAUCCCAUCUCCCGGCCGGUUCGUGGGUGGUCUUCCCUGGUGGGGGAGGUGGUGUAGGUAUCCAGGGCGUUCAGUUGGCCAAAGCGAUGGGCAUGCGACCCAUUGUUGUCGAUACGGGCAAUGAGAAACGCGGGUUGGCCUUAAGAAUGGGAGCAGAGGCAUUUGUGGAUUUCAAAGAAGCCGAUGAUACUGUCGCGGCGGUGAUUCAAGUCGCUGAUGGGGUUGGUGUCCAUGGUGUAUUUGUCACCGCGCCGGCGGCAUACAAGAAUGCUGUGGCGUAUGUUGGGGAUCGCGUCGGGGCGAUGAUUAUGUGCAUUGGAAUCCCCGCGACAGGAACGGUAGUUGUAGGAGCUGAUCCUAUGGAGUUUAUCAUGAAGAACCUGAGUAUUAAGGGAACCUUGGUAGGGAGCCGCCAAGACAUUGCCCGCUCACUGGACUUUGCUAGAAGAGGCAUGCUCCAGCAGAUCAGUGAAGUUUAUCCAAUCAAUCGGCUUCCUGAAGCCGUGGACAAACUUGGCAGAGGGGAAGUUGCCGGGCGCAUUGUGGUGAACUUCAAUUGGGAAGAGUAG